AUGAACGUUUCAUCAGCAAACACAAACAGUUGUUCUCUUUCAAUGGCUCAUGGUAUUCCACUUAUCUUAGUCAACGCUAUCGUUUGCGUUUUGGGAUCACUUGGAAAUGUGCUUGUUUGUUUGGCCAUUGCUACAAACUCCCGCUUACGCCGAGCCUUCAACUAUCUUCUAUUCAGCUUAGCAAUCGCUGAUCUAAUUAUCACCUUCAUAUGCGAGCCAGUCGUUCUGGAAUACAUCACCUUCCUAACAUUCUUCCACGAGUGCAGAAGAAGCCCGAAGAGACGACUUGUGUACACCAUUUUUUCUGUUCUUUCAUGCCAAUCCUCAGUUUUACAUUUGGCGGCAAUCAGUCUUGAUCGUUUCGUUGCCGUUGCGUUUCCACUGCGCCACAAACUCUUCAUGGAAAAAGGCGGACUUAAGAUUAUGCUCAUAGCAUCAUGGUCCAUUCCGAUUCUUACUUCCGUUUUACCCAAUAUCAUUUCGACAGGUUCCACUCCUGUCUUUUAUUUUAUCAAUAUUGGAAUCUUUGCUUUUAGCGGUUUAAUUAUUUUAUUUUUUCACUUUCUGAUUGUGCUAGUUCUGCUCUACUACAGUAAGAAAAAAAAGCAUAUAAGAGUUCGAGCAGUUUCAGUCCGGGUCACUUGCACACUGGCUAUCGCAACAGGCGUCUUCAUCGUUUGUUGGGCUCCAAUAAUUACGGUGCUUGCCGUUGACAAAUGGCGGAGAAGCCCUCUACACUUUUGGCUCCAAACUCUGGCUCUGUCAAACUCAGCCAUGAACUUUGUUAUUUACUCUGCUAGAAUGCGGGACUUCAAAAUUGCAUACGUUGGUAUCUUACGCAAGAUGCUCUGCCUGUAG